AUGAGUAACUCUAAGAAUUCUCACUCAGACUCUUCUCUGAAGAAAGAAAUCCAACUGAUAUCAACUACUCUUCAAGACUUAUCUCUGAAGAUGGACAGGUUUACUGAAAACCUAGAAAACCUUAAAGAUAGUUGCCAAAAACAAACUGAAGUCUUUAAGGAAAUUCUGCAGCAGCAACAAUUAAAAAUAACUGACAUUGAGUCAUCUCUAAAUGAUAUUGAUGGAAGGCUAAAAGAAGAAGAGCUUCAUACAAUUUAUACAGACUUUUUGCCACCUGAUAGCUUACCCAUUUUUUUUUGUUUGUUUGUUUGUUUUGGUAGAAUUCGUUUGAAGAAGAUGUCAUCCAUUAGAGAAACUCUGAGGGAUAUGAAAGUGAAACCAGGAGAUAUCUUUACAGAAGUGAGAGAGAGAAAGUACACCACAGCGGUGCCAAGAAAUGGGACUGCACCAACCGUCCUCACCAACUACCUUGAUACUCAGUAUUAUGGAGAGAUCAGCAUCGGUUCACCUCCUCAGACGUUUAAGGUGGUGUUUGACACAGGUUCGGCCAAUCUGUGGGUCCCGUCCUCCAAAUGUUCUCCACUGUACACAGCCUGCUAUUCACACAACCGCUAUGACUCAUCUAAAUCAAAGACAUAUGUUGCAAAUGGAACAGCAUUUUCCAUUCAGUACGGCUCUGGAACAGUCCGAGGUUUUCUUAGCCAGGAUGUUGUCACAGUAGCUGGAAUUCAGGUUGUCCAAGUCUUUGCUGAAGCUACAGCAAUGCCUGCCUUUCCAUUUGUUUUUGCCAAAUUUGAUGGUGUUCUUGGAAUGGGCUAUCCCAAUGUAGCCAUUGAUGGCAUCACACCAGUGUUUGAUCGUAUUAUAUCAGAACAGAUUCUUCAGGAAGAAGUUUUCUCAGUAUAUUAUAGCAGAAAUCCUCGCCUGAAACCUGGUGGUGAAAUAAUUUUAGGAGGAACAGACCCAGACUACUACACUGGAGAAUUUCACUAUCUGUACACCAAUAAGAAAGGAUAUUGGCAAAUUGAAAUGAAAGGUGUAUAUGUUGGUGUAGAGUUGCUAUUCUGUUCCGAUGGUUGUUCAGCUAUCAUUGACACUGGGUCAUCCUUUAUAACUGGCCCUGCUGGCUAUGUCUCCGCCCUGAUGAAAACAAUUGGAGCUACUGAACUUGCUGAGGGAGAAUACCUUGUAGAUUGUGGAAGAAUUGAUACAAUGCCCAGCAUUUCCUUCCACCUCGGGGGCAAGGACUUCAUGCUAACAGGAGAAAACUACAUAUUAAAGCAGUCCCAGUUUGGUGAAGAAGUCUGUGUUGCUGCUUUCAUGGGCCUUGAUAUCCCACCCCCUAAAGGGCCUUUGUGGAUCCUAGGAGCAAGCUUUAUUGGCCGUUAUUACACAGAAUUUGACCGUCGCAACAAUCGAAUUGGCUUCGCUGUGGCUGUGUGACUUCACUACUAAUUAUGGACUACAAUAAAUCUUGUGAAUAAACUACCAAUACAUUAAUUUCAGGAUCCAAGAUACCGCUAGGGUGGAAAGAAGAACUAUGACCUAAUAAAUAAUUAAGCAUAGGAUGAGGGCUGUCUGUGGAAUAAAAGAGGGGAGAGAAGCUGGUACAAAUGAAAAAAUGUUUCAACUGUGCUAGCAAUUUUACUAUGAUAAUACCUAGAUUCUUAUUCCUACUACAUAUAAAUGAGUCAAUCGGGAAAAAUGACAAAUACUAUUUUGUGAACAAUUCGUUGUAACUAUUAAACAGGAAAGAUAAACAGCACAGUUAUUUAAUCAUUUUUUUUCAGAUUGUCCUACACGCUAU